AUGGGAUUUGUGAUAGGGACAAGUUCUCCUCGAUGGAGGGCCCGCCCCGAAGGAGGGGCCGGCUCCGCCCCACCUCCUCGCUGCCUCCCUCCCCCUUCUCUUCCUUUCCUCCGGCCGCGAGCCCCCUCCUCCUCCCUCCUCCUCCUCCAUCCUUCCCCCACCCGGUUUGUGUGCCCCUCCCGCUGCGACUGGCUGGGAGGCUCGGCCGCCCCCGCCCCGAGAGGGAGGCGGGGGCGCAAGCCGCGGCGGCCACCCGAGGCUGCGGAGGGGAACGAGAUCCGAGGCCCCAGGGCGGCCCUGCAUCUGGACACGGCACGCGGGGGCUGCCUGUGCACCCCCAGCCGAGGGCCGCGGGGCCUGGCCUCGCCGCGGGGUGGAGGAGCCUCCUCGCCCCUGGCCGUGGGCGCCCUGAGCCUUCCUGACCCCGCAGGGGGGCUCGCCCGCGGCCCCCCAUGAGCGCGCCCGGCUGACCGGCGCGGCGGCCGCGGUGGAGCCCGGGC